AUGUCUAAGAAAAAAAGCCCUUCCGUGGACACGAGGCCCGCAGAAGUGAUAGAAAAGGGAAAGAACGCCCUGAGAGAGAAACAUGAAAAAGGAGAAAAGGUUCCAAAAAAGAACCCUCUUUAUCCUAUAAAAGAACUGGUGGCUUUAGGACUUGAUAGUUCUGAAUCGGAGGAACUAAGUCCCUCCGAGGAAGAAGAUUUGGACGAGGAAGUGGCUCGUUAUAAGAAAGAGAGAUACUAUCCCGACGAACGGCUGUUGCCACAAAAUCGAAAGCAAAAGAAGACAGGAGAUAAAAACCGCAUGUUUUUUCAGUCUACCACCCUGGUUAUCCCCAGUGCUCCUCCGCCUUAUGUGGAUAAGCCCUGUUCUGACUCCUUCCUUUCAAAGGGAGACAAAAGGAAGUUUUUGCAAGCCUUCCCAGUGUUUGAGGCUGCGGAUGGGGGCCGUGUUCAUGCACCGAUAGAAUAUCCCCUUAUUAAGGAACGUGCUGAAUCAGUUAAUAAAUAUGGAGUAGAUGCUAAUUUUACAGUCAUGCAGCUUGAAAGACUCGCUAGUGUGGCCAUGACUCCAAAUGAUUGGCAAAAUACAGUAAAAGCUGCUCUCCCUAGUAUGGGACAAUACUUAGAAUGGAAAGCCUUGUGGCAUGAUGCUUCUCAAACUCAGGCAGGGGCCAAUGCCAAUGCAGAAGAUAAUCAACGGCAAUGGACCUUUGAUUUGCUAAUGGGGCAAGGCCAAUUCGUUCAUAAUCAGACAAAUUAUGAUUGGGGAGCGGAUGGCCAGAUCUCCGCUGCUGCUAUUAAAGCAUGGAAAGCCCUCUCAAAAAAGGGCAAGGCCGGAGGACACCUAACAAAGAUUAUACAAGGCCCCCAGGAGUCAUUCUCAGAUUUUGUGGCCAGGAUGACAGAAGCAGCAGGCAGGAUAUUUGGAGACCCAGAACGAGUUAGGCCAAUGAUAGAACAGCUGGUGUAUGAGAAUGCCUCGCCUGAAUGUAAGACAGUCAUUACUCCUAGAAGAGGCAAAGGGCUGAUGGACUGGAUAAAGAUUUGCCGAGGACUUGGGGGCCCACUUACCAAUGCUGGCCUUGCAGCAGCUAUUUUGCAAAACAGGAACCGUCCUAAUCCUGGAGGCCAUAAAACCUGUUAUAAUUGUGGCAAACUGGGUCAUCUGAAAUGAGAUGACCCACAAAAGGAAACUCCAGGGCUUUGUACCAAGUGUAGGAAAGGUUAUCACUGGGCCAAUGAGUGUCGCCCAGUUAGAGAUAUUCAGGGAAAACUUAUUCAACAUGAUACCCCUCCAGAGGAAAGAAAUGAGAGUGUUCCAAAAAACGGGUUUCAGGGCCCCAGGUCUCAGGGCCCCAAAAGAUAUGGGACACAAAUGGGCAACAGGAAGAUACAUCUAGCGGCAGAGCCGCAGAGCUACAAGAGGCUCCGCAGGAUUGGACCUCUGUUCCACCUCCCAAUUCUUAUUAAUGCCACAUAUGGGAGUGCAACCUGUCCCGGUUGA